ACAUCCCAAAAAAAAGAGAGUUGUAAAUUUCAUGUUCUUUCGUUUUCUUGUUUCUUCCACAGUGUUAGCAACCACCUCAUUGAUCAGCUACCAAAGUUCUUUGAAAAGUCAGUUUUCUCUAGUUUCUUGUUCAAGUUCAACCUACUACAACAGUUUUACCAGAAAAAGCACCGUUUUUGUUAGAUCAAUUAUGGCUUCUAGCGGUCAGCAAUUCCCACCUCAGAAGCAGGAUGUACAACCUGGGAAACAACAUGUCAUGGAUCCAACUCCUAAGGCCACUUGCCAUGAGUAUAAGCCCUCUAACAAGCUUCAGGGCAAGAUAGCACUGGUUACCGGGGGUGAUUCGGGCAUCGGGAGAGCAGUCUCCCAUUGCUUUGCUCUUGAGGGUGCAACUGUGGCUUUCACCUAUGUGAAAGGCAGUGAGGAUAAAGAUGCAACAGACACCCUAGGAAUGUUGAUGAAAGCCAAAGCUCCUGAUGCAAAAGACCCAAUGGCUCUUCCUGCAGAUUUGGGAUAUGAUGAAAAUUGCAAAAGGGUUGUGGAUGAAGUGGUAAACAAUUACGGUAGGAUCGAUAUUUUGGUGAACAAUGCAGCAGAGCAGUAUAAAGCAGCCGCUGUUGAGGAAAUUGAUGAAGAAAGACUGGAAAGAGUGUUCAGGACUAACAUCUUUGCUUACUUCUUUAUGACCAGGCAUGCUUUGAAGCACAUGAAAGAAGGAAGCGCCAUUAUCAAUAGCACAUCAAUCAAUGCGUACAAGGGAAAUGCUAAGUUACUUGACUACACAUCCACCAAAGGAGCAAUUGUUGCAUUCACGAGAGGACUUGCGCUGCAGUUAAUCAGCAGAGGCAUCCGUGUAAACGGUGUAGCCCCGGGGCCAAUAUGGACACCGCUGAUCCCUGCAUCAUUCAGCGAUGAGGAGGUUCAAAAGUUUGGGAGUGAGGUGCCAAUGAAAAGGCCAGGUCAGCCCAUUGAAGUUGCACCCUCUUAUGUUUUCCUUGCCUGUAAUGAGUGCUCCUCCUACAUCACUGGCCAGGUCCUCCAUCCUAAUGGUGGGACAAUUGUUAAUGCUUGAUCUUGAUCGGUGCUUUUGUGGUGGUCUUGGCAUGCUGAGUGUCUAUAGCAGUGUGGCCAGAGGAAGUGGAAUCAUCUGUCCUUUUUUAUGUUCUUUCAAGUUCCGUUGCGUGAUGUUUUCUUUUGCACUUGGCAUCAAGAAAUGUGAAUGCAUGUGUGUAAAUGUAAAAACCCUUGUGUUCAAGAAUU